GACAGGGUUGCCCUGAGCAGCAAACACGUGUAUAAGAAUUCUUUUUCGUGUGAGGGCAGCGUGCGGCUAGGAAUUGAUUUCAGCUCCGAAAUAUAGCGAAAUAAGUGAAAGAAACAUGACGGACUUAUUGAAAAUAACGGAUGCAAUCGUGCACGAGUACUUGCAGUCGAAGGACAAAAACCUGGCAAAGGUUUUCCAGCAGAAGACGAAAGCGGCCACUGUCUCCAAGAACACGCCGAAACUGAGUGAAAUCCUUCAGUUCUACCAAACCAAAAGCGCCACGAAAAUCCCUGCCAUCAAGGCGGCCGCUGGCAGCAGCAGCGACAGUGAUUCGGACUCAGAUGAAGCCCCCGCAGCGACCAAGAAGGCACCAGCUGCUCCCAUAACGAACGGAAAAUCCACAAAGGCCGCAGCCGCUUCCAGUAGCGAGGAAAGCGACUCCGAGGAGGAGAAGAAGCCCGCGGCAAAGGCACCCUCUAAGGCAGCACCCGCCAAAAAGGCGGCUGACACAUCCAGUGAGGAGAGCGACUCCGAGGACGAGGCGCCCAAAAAGACGGCGACUCCUGCAAAGGCUGCGCCCGCUAAGAAAGCCGCUUCCUCCAGUGACGAUAGCGACAGCUCCGAAGAUGAGAAAAAACCAGCAGCAAAGUCCCCAGCCAAGCCAGCUGUAGCGAAGAAGGCUGCUUCCAGCAGCGAAGACAGCAGUUCCGAGGAAGAUGCCAAGCCCGCAGCUCCAGCCAAGGCUGCGGCUCCCAAAAAAGCAGCAUCCUCCAGCGACGACAGUGAUUCCGAUGAGGAGCCAGCUGCUAAGAAAUCUGCCCCAGCAAAGCCUGCGGCAAAGGCAGCCUCGUCUAGCAGCGACGACAGUGACUCCGAGGAAGAGAAGAAGCCAGCGGCGAAGACCCCUGCUAAGGCUGCUCCCGCUAAGAAGGUCAAGAGCUCCAGUGAGGACAGUUCCUCAGAGGACGAAGCUCCUAAGAAGGCGGCAGCUCCCGCCAAGGCUACACCCGCUAAGCCUGCUGCCGGAAAGAAAGCUGAAUCUUCCAGCGAAGACAGUUCAUCCGAAGAUGAGGCACCGAAGAAGGAUGCGACUCCAGCAAAGCCGGUCGCAAAGAAGGCCGCGACCUCCAGCGAGGACAGUGACUCCGAUGAAGAUAAGGCACCUAAAAAACCAGCUGCUAAGCCAGUUAUUAAAGGUGCUCCCGCUAAGAAAGCAGGUGACUCCGAGGACUCUUCGGAGGACAGCGACAGCUCCGAAGAUUCAAAGCCCAAGGCUAAAGCUGCUGCGCCCAAAGCUGCGGCUAAGGCGGCCUCCUCCAGCAGCGAAGACUCUAGUGAAGAUGAGGCUCAAGCUGCUGUGAAGCCAGCUGUGAAAAAGACAGCUGCUCCCGCCAAGAAGGAUGAAUCUUCUUCAGAGGACUCCUCCGAGGAUGAGGCGCCGCCAGCAAAGAAGCCUGCUCCUGCGCCCAAAAAGAAGGACAGCAGCAGCGACGACAGUGACUCGAGCGAGGAGUCGGGAGAAGUGCAGUCCAAGGCGGUGGCUAAUGGAGGACCAAAGCCUGGCCAGAAGCGCAAGCUGAGCGGCGGCGAUGCCGAGGAAGCAACGCCCAACAAGAAGUACAACAACUUUGUCAAGUCGGGCGAGCAACAGAGAAAUGGUUUUAACUCGACUCCCAAGAACAACUUUAAAAACAACGGACAGCUGAACAAUAGUGGAGGGGGAAGUGGCGGAAGACGCUCCCCCUUCCGGCGGGUUCGCACCGAGGAGGUGCUAGUGGAUGUCCGGGUGAAGGACAUGUCGUUCGAGGCCAAGGACGGCGGCUUCAAGAAGCACAACAACGGACGCGGAGGAAGGGGCGGUUCCGGUUUCUCCGGACGCCCGGAUCGCAGCAACUGGGAGAGCAACAAGUUCAAGGGCGAGGGCAACGGCGGCGGUGACGGUGGCGGCUUCAAGAAGAUCGGAGACCGCAAGAGCUUCGGCGGCUUUGACAACAACCAGAGAGGACGCGGUGGCGGCGGCGGCUUUGGUGGCCGUGGAGGCGGUGGCGGCGGAGGCGGCUUUGGCGGCCGUGGAGGAGGCGGCGGUGGCUUCGGAGGACGCGGUGGUGGUUCCCGCGGAGGCGGCGGUGGUUUUGGGGGACGCGGUGGUGGCGGCCGGGGAGGCGGUAGCCGUGGUGGCGCACGAGGCGGCGGUUUCGGUAACAAAUCCUUCGACUCGUCGGCGCCCAAGCAAAACAAAAAGAUCACCUUUGACAAUUAGAGCCUAGAGUAAGCCACCACACCACCUGCAAACACACACACACCCUAGACUCGGUCCUUUCACGGAACUAAUCGUUUAUAUUAUUUUGUAAACUACGACAGAAAAACGCUGCCGGCUCCUGGGGCGAACGGGCUAAUAAAGAUUUGAAGCACACGCGCGGAAAGUCCUUCAAGCACGAGAAGACCAAGAAGAAGCG